AUGAAAAGAGCUAUACUUAUCAUAAUCUACUGGUGUAGUGCCUUCUUAUCAAUCGAUGUGCUAUUACUAACUGCUGUUAACAAUGAGGGAAAAGAACUGGAAUUAUCACUGCAUGCCAGUUUUGUUAAUGUGUUUCUUCUAUUGACUGCAACAUCUUUCCUUCGAUUAAUUACCAUCAGACCUGGUUUUCUUCCCAAACCCACAAUCUCAGUUGACUUUUCAGAUCUCUCAAAGGAUUUAAGUACAAAGUCCUCAUGGGUUGUGUGCAAAUCUUGCUCAAUAUUCACUUCUCCGACUGCGAGACACUGCACAACUUGUAAUGGGUGUUUGGUACGUUCUAGAGGACACUGGUCUGCAAUGUGUACUUGUGUAGGGGUACUGAACCACAAGUUCCUUAUCCAGCUACUAUUCUGGGGCGUGGUCUUCUCUACCUACACACUGUGUGUUGGCUUGAAACUCACUACUAACUGUGCUAGUGUUAUCUGCUGUGGUCUGAGUCUCAGUUCUCUCCUUAUCCUAGCUUACUUUCUCUAUAAAGAGGUAAUGUUCGUCACUAGAGCAGAGGAGGGAGUGCACGUGACUCUACUCCGCAUAUUUGGGAGAGGAAACAAGUUGUUCUGGCUCUUCCCUUGUUCCAGCUCUGUCUCUUCUAAACCUAACAUUGCUGAUAUGUAG